CAUAAAAUUAGUAGAGGAAGAAAUAAUUAAAUCAGUUUGCUCAAAAUAAUCAGAUGAGGUGGCUACAUUUGUAUAGUUGGUGAAAGGAAUGAUUUAGUGGUUGACUAAAAAGUCGUUAGCCACCUUUCUCUAUAUACUCGCUGGCAUAUCGGGUCAUCGGGCCGGGUCAUAUCAACAUGGCUCCGACUCCGACGACAACAGCACCAACCUACACCUCAAUUCCGAUACCUACCGGCGACGUCAUCUCCCGAUCAAUCCACAACCUCACCUCCGCUAUCUCUCGCCACCGUCCCUGGUCGGAACUCGUAUUCCCCGGCGCCUUCCGCUUCCCGGAGAGACUCUCCUCUCUUCCCCUCCGUUCUCGGACGAACUUCCGCUACUUCUCCGUCAACUACUCUCUCCUCAUCGCCACCUCCGCAGCGCUCGCUCUCGUCGCAGCCAGUCCCGUCGCGCUGGUCGUCGUCGGAACGGUCAUCGCCUUGUGGCUUCUCCUUCACUUCUUCAGGGAAGACCCUCUUCUCCUCUGGGGGUUUCAGGUCGGAGAUCGGACCGUGGUUUGUUUCUUGGUCUUAGCCUCCGUUUGGGCCGUCUGGUUCACUAGCUCCGCCGUGAGCUUGGCCGUAGGUGUCGGCGUUGGCUUGCUGUUGUGCACCGUUCACUCCUUGAUUAGGAACUCCGAUGGAGUUUUCCUUGAGGAGGAUGAUGCUAUAACCGGAGGGUUGAUCGGGUCUAAUGGCCGACGCUGAAAUUUUCCGACACUCUUACAGAUGUUGAUUUUAUUGUUUUUUUAUUUGCUACCCCUUAAAAUUUAUCAAAUUUUUCAAAGAGGGACCGUAACUUUUUGUUUGUUUGAUUUAUUGUGAAUUUUUGAGGAUGAUCUGAAAUCUGAUUUGCUUGUUAUC